AUGGGGAAGUUAAAAGAGAAAGUUCUACAAGUUAAGAACUGUGCUGAACUUUACAAGUGCGGUCAAACCAUCAAUGGUGUUUAUACAAUCGACCCUGAUGGUUCAGGUGCCUUUAAUGUCUAUUGUGAUCAGACAACAGCUGGUGGAGGAUGGACAGUGAUCCAGAAGAGGGUGGAUAACACCAUAGAUUUCAACCGAACUUGGAAAGAGUAUAAAAAUGGAUUUGGUAACUUCCUCAUUCGUGACUUUUGGCUCGGACUGGACAAGAUCCAACGCCUGACCCAAAACAAGACAGAAAACAAACUCCGCGUGGAUCUGGGAGUAACUGACGACAAAACUGUCUACGCAGAGUAUGAAUGGUUUGGUAUUGAGAACGAGACAGCUGAUUACAAGCUGCACAUCGGCAAGUUUUCAUCUGAAGCUGAUACAAUUGAUUCGCUAUCCAAACAUAAUGGUAGGUCGUUUAGAGCCUGGAACAGAUCUUCAGCUGACUAUGAUUGUACAUUUGGGGGAGGCUGGUGGUACCUGGAAGACUGUGAGACUAUUUCCUCAAAUCUCAAUGGCAUCUACCCUUCUCAUAAAAGUACUGUUCGUAACAUUCAUCAAAUUUUCUGGGGACGGUUAAACCCUGGAAAUGCUACCGCUGAAUACCAGGCCCCAAAAAGAACUGAAAUGAAAAUAAGACGAAAGGACUUUUCAUCGUGAGUGAGUGGAGGGGAAGGAUGAUUGUAUAUGUUAGGAUAAAAUUUUCCAGAUUCCCCUGUAAGGCUUUGCAAUAUUUUUAAGUUUUACCCUUAUGGCAGUCAAAAACAAACAUCCUCCACCCACCCAAGCGAUAACUGACGUCUGGCUCUUAAUCAUUUGUGCUGAUUUAUUUUUCAUAACGUAAACUCCAAUUGCAUAUUGUGAAGGGAGAGGCAAUUUUAAAAUUUGGGAUAGUUAUCUAAGAUUGUGCAAGGAACGUGCUUAAUUUGAAAAGAAUUUUGAUGGAAACAAAACGCAAAAUUUUGUUUCUUUAGGAAUUUUAUACCGGUAAAUUAAAUUACACCUGACCUUGCCGUCAGUCAGUUAGAUCCAAAAGUAAAUUUCUAGAAGCAUUAAUUAUAAUUAGGUCAAGUCCACUUCAUACUAAAUUAGACCGAUCUCAAGGUUUAUUGUAAACUUUAUCCAAAAGCGUUGAGAUAAAUAUGUGUUAUAAAUAAAUGAUAUCAUAAAAGCC